GCAGGACUUGGGAAUCCCAUCUCAUGUCAUAGAGCUUCUUAUAGCUGUAUAUAGUAUUCAUAUAUUUCAACACAAAAUUAAAAAUAAAGUUCUAACCAUGGCUGCAUCUUUCUCCGUUCCUUCUAUGAUUUUGGAAGAGGAAGGAAAAUUUCAAGCAGAAGUAGCAGAGGUGCAAGCAUGGUGGAACUCAGAGCGGUUUAGACACACACGCCGCCCGUACUCUGCCCGUGACGUCGUAUCGCUCCGUGGAAAUCUUCGUCAGUCCUAUGGUUCGAACGAGUUGGCCAAAAAGCUUUGGCGAACUCUUAAGAACCAUCAAGCUCAUGGCACGUCUUCGCGAACUUUUGGUGCCCUGGACCCUGUCCAGGUCACCAUGAUGGCUAAACAUCUUGACACGAUUUACGUGUCUGGAUGGCAAUGCUCAUCUACUCACACUUCAACCAACGAGCCGGGCCCGGAUCUUGCUGACUACCCUUAUGACACCGUUCCCAAUAAAGUCGAGCACUUAUUCUUUGCCCAACAGUACCAUGACCGAAAACAAAGGGAGGCCCGAAUGAGCAUGAGUCAAGAGGAGCGAGCCCGAACCCCUUACAUUGACUACUUGAAGCCCAUAAUAGCCGAUGGUGACACCGGUUUUGGUGGUGCUACUGCCACGGUUAAGCUUUGUAAGUUGUUUGUGGAACGUGGUGCCGCUGGGGUCCACAUUGAGGAUCAGUCCUCUGUGACCAAAAAAUGCGGUCACAUGGCAGGAAAGGUUUUGGUGGCGGUUAGCGAACACAUCAACAGACUUGUAGCUGCUCGGCUUCAAUUUGACGUCAUGGGAACAGAGACGGUGUUGGUUGCUCGUACCGAUGCAGUGGGGGCCACCUUGAUCCAAUCUAAUAUUGAUACUAGGGACCAUCAGUUCAUUCUUGGUGUGACUAAUCCGAAUCUCAAAGGUAAAGGGUUAGCUACACUCCUAUCCGAGGCAAUGGCAGCUGGGAAAAGUGGGCCCGAGCUACAAGCACUCGAGGACAGCUGGCUAGGAAUGGCGCAUUUGAAGACGUUUUCUGAUGCCGUUGUGGAUGCAAUUGGAGCGAUGAACGUUUCAGAAACUGAAAAGAGAAGAAAACUAAAUGAAUGGAUGAAUUGUUCAAGCUACGAGAAGUGUUUGUCAAACUGGGAUGCACGAGAGGUUGUUGCGCGGCUAGGCCUAACCAACUUUUUCUGGGAUUGGGACUUGCCAAGAACCAGAGAAGGGUUUUACCGCUUUAAAGGCUCGGUAGAGGCAGCUAUAGUACGUGGAUGGGCGUUUGCUAACCAUGCCGAUGUCAUAUGGAUGGAGACCGCAAGCCCUGACAUGGUCGAGUGCACAAAAUUUGCACAGGGCGUCAAGACUAUGCAGCCAGAAACAAUGUUGGCAUACAAUCUAUCCCCUUCUUUCAACUGGGACGCCUCGGGAAUGACUGAUGUCCAAAUGAUGGAAUUUAUCCCAAGAAUAGCAAAGUUGGGAUAUGUGUGGCAAUUCAUAACUCUUGCGGGUUUCCAUGCCGAUGCCUUGAUCACCGAUACGUUUGCAAAAGAUUACGCAUCUCGGGGGAUGUUGGCUUAUGUGGAGAGGAUCCAAAGAGAGGAAAGAAAACAUGGAGUGGACACUUUGGCUCAUCAGAAAUGGUCUGGUGCUAAUUAUUAUGACAGGGUGCUUAAGACUGUUCAAGGUGGUAUCACUUCAACUGCAGCUAUGGGCAAAGGAGUGACAGAGGAACAAUUCAAGGAGACAUGGACAAGGUCGGGGGCAACAGACAUGGGCGAUGGCAGCGUUGUGAUUGCAAAAUCAAGGAUGUGAAAAUCAUCGUUGAUCAUCGCGACAUGGAUAAGUCAAAUGUGUGAACUUAUAUAAAUCAUUAGUACUUACGUUUUAAUUCGGUGAAUAAUGUCCAUAAACUAUAUUAUGGAGUAUUCUUCAGGAGUGUGACAUUAGUAUGGUUUUAAAAACCAAUGUCUUGUGUGUCUGUUUUAUGCUUAGGUUUGAUAUGAUGUUAAAGUAGUACGUAUAUGUUCUCCUAAAGAAACAACCUGUUUCUGUUUUUGUUAUUCAAGUGUUAUCGUUUGCUUGUUUUUCAUUCUCUUCAAAAAUUAUUGUAUCAAAUCACUAUUAAAUGAUAUAUGUAAUACGAUGAACUUUCA